UCACCUACCAUAAUACCCCAUUACUCUCUCCCACCCCCACCCUGCCUUUUUAGCCUUGAGUUCCAUUGUGCUGUUUCCUCUUCAAUUCACUUCACUCUUUCUCUCUGUCUCUCUUUCUUUCUUUCUUUUUCUCUCUCUUUUCCAGCUUCAUAUAUUUGUAGCAACAAUAGCUAGUACUAUUAGUGGUACAACAGAAAGUGAGUGUAAUGGAGGAAUAGUUUAAAGGGUUUUUGUGGGUUUUGGCUGUUUUUUUGUUUGUCUCUUCCUCUUUUCCGGUUUUCUUCUUCUUCUUCUUCUGAAUUCCUUCAACUGGGAUUUUUUUGAAACUUGUGCCAGAGGCGAAUUUCAUUAGACUUCUCCAGUUUCCUGCUGUUGUUACUAAGGAGUAGGGAAGUCGUUUAGGCGGGAGAAUUUUCGGGGCAUUCCAUUCAGACAAUUUUGCACCCUGGGAAGCGGUCUGCAUUUUGUUUUUUGCUUGCAUGCUGAAAACCUCAAGGUAGAAUUCUGAAGGAGUCCAGGAUUUAGAAGAAUGAAUCCAAAUUUUGUGGAUGAGAUAGACUGCGGAAGCUUCUUUGAUCACAUUGAUGACUUGAUUGAAUUCCCUCCUGAGAAUGAGUGUGGUAACGGCCUUGUUGGCUCUGGUGACUGCACGAAUUUUCCUAGCCUUUGGGAUGAAGCCUUGCCGGACACCGACACCCUUUUCACCGGCAAUACCAGCAAUUCGGCUUCUGACCUUUCUGCGGAGCUCUCUGUUCCGUACGAGGACAUUGUACAACUUGAAUGGCUUUCAACCUUCGUGGAGGAUUCCUUCUCUGGUGGAGGGAUGACUCUUAGCAAAGAUAAUUCUUCUGUCAACAAAGACAAUCCCUGCAACCAAUUUCAAACCUCCAGCCCUGUUUCUGUGCUUGAAAGUAGCAGCAGCAGCAGCAGCUCCUCCUGCUCAGGGGGGAAAGCUAUACCGCUUAGCCCCAACCACCGUGGACCACAACGUGCUCGUAGUAAACGUCCGCGCCCGGCAACCUUUAACCCCCGCCCGGCUAUUCAACUUAUCUCUCCGCCCGCCUCCUUCAGCGAGACUCCUCAUUUGUUUCUUGCUCCUGGAGUUUCUUCAGAAUCGGAGAAUUUUGCGGAGUCUGAAUUUGUGAGGAAGUUCCCCAAGCCUGCUGGAGGAGAGCAUAAGAAGAAAAAGAAAAUCAAAUUGACUGUUCCUCUGGGCCCGAUGGAGAUAAAUCAGAAUUCAGCAUCACAAGCUGUGAGGAAAUGCAUGCACUGUGAGAUAACAAAGACUCCUCAGUGGAGGGCUGGGCCUAUGGGGCCAAAAACGCUCUGUAACGCAUGUGGUGUUCGCUACAAAUCCGGCCGUCUCUUUCCAGAAUAUCGCCCUGCAGCAAGUCCCACAUUUGUGCCGUCCCUGCAUUCAAAUUCUCACAAGAAGGUUCUUGAGAUGAGGGUCAAGGUUGUUGAGGAAAACACUACAGUGGGGACUGCAGCAAAAGCCUCAGCUGCCGGAAGAGAGCUAGUUCCAGAGAGUAAACCCUCGCUAGAAUACAUUUGAGAUUAGGAGCAGAGAAUGGCUUCCUUGGAAGUCAUUUUUCUUCUCUGCCUCUUUUCAUUUAGUCCUCUUGCUGUUCUCUUACUGUAUUUCCAUUUCUUCGUUCGUUGGUUCUUUGUACAGAGAUGUAAUGGGGGAGGGAUAGGAGCAUAGGUGACCAUAUUUAGCUAUUAGGGAGAAGGAAUGAUAUGAGAAGGUACUAAAAAACUGAUAAAAGAGAUAAUGGGGAGUUUUAGGGCUAGGGCUCAGCUUUAGCGAUGUUGUUUAGGUCCUUUAAAGUUAAUAGGUAUUUGGGGUCAGUGUUCUCUUUCUGCUCUUUUUGGGUCAGUGUUCUCUUCCCAGCCUUAAUGGGAAUUCUUUUUGCAGUUCAUGUGCUUGUAGGAAACUCUGAAAAUGAGACUGCUUUUAAAUUAGAGUCUUUAGUUAUUUUACUCUUUCUUAGAA